GCGCACUUCUAUCUCUCUCGCUCUCUCAUCGAAUCGCAGCUCGCAUCCGCACCAUGGCUUACGAAGACGAUCCGUACCGCGACGAAGACGGGGAGCCGUUGAUGAACCCCGACGACUUCGAUCGCGAGCCGUCGCCGGAGCCGCUGCUCGAUGCUGACGAGUACGAGGGCAAUUGGCGCGACCGGGAGCGGUCGCAGACGCCGGUGUACGAUCCGGACGAUGCGGCGUCGAAAUCCCGGCCGAGGAAGCGGCUGGUGAAGAAGGGCGGCGACGGCGAGAGUCGGAAGGUGGUGUUGAAAGAAGGGGAGCAUUGGACGGACGAUAAGUUUCAUGAGUUGGUGGGGGAUAGUGAUGAGGAGGAGGAACAGAGCAGGGUGAAGAGGAUGAAGAAGGAGAAGAGGGGGCUGAGAUUGCCUGGGAAGGCGGCGAUGGCUAGCGAGGUGGAAGAGCUGUGGGAUAGAGUUGGCGCCGGCGAUUCUGAGGAUGAUAACGAGGGUCAGAGGAAUUUGGAUGAUGACAACUUUAUAGAUGACACUGGCGUGCAUCCUUCUGAUCGGUACGGAAGUGACAAUGACCGAUCUCCCAUUCAUCAUCCGCAGGCUGAAGAGGGUGAGGAGAAUGAAAUCGAUCAGCUUUUCAAGGUGGGUAAGAAAAAGAAGAAGAAUGAAAGAAGUCCAGCAGAAAUAGCAAUGGUAGUUGAGAAUAUCAUGGCUGACCUGGAGGUUACAGCUGAAGAGGAUGCAGAACUUAAUAGACAGGGGAAACCUGCCAUUAAUAAACUCAAGAAAGUGUCUCUUCUCACAGAAGUCCUCUCAAAGAAGCAGCUUCAGCUAGAGUUCUUGGAUCAUGGAGUGCUAACUCUACUUAAGAAUUGGCUUGAACCUCUUCCAGAUGGAAGUUUACCAAACAUAAACAUUCGAGCAGCAAUUUUGAAGAUCUUAAGUGAUUACCCUCUUGAUCUAGAGCAGUACGAUAGAAGAGAACAAUUGAAGCAAAGUGGGCUUGGAAAGGUCAUUAUGUUUUUGUCAAAAUCUGAUGACGAAACACCUUCUAACAGAAAACUUGCCAAGGAAUUAGUAGACAAAUGGAGUCGACCUUUAUUUAAUAAAAGUACAAGGUUUGAAGAUAUGAGAAAUGUGGAGGAAGAGAGACCCUUUAGAAGGCCAUCAGUGAAAAAGCCAGCAAGCAGUGGUUCAGGGAUGGAGUCCAGAGAUGGUGAUCUUGACUUGGACGAGUUUUCGAGGGAAAGAAAAUCUGGCCAAUCAUCUUCUCGGCAACUUACCUCAAGGCCAGAAGCGACACAAAUGGAUUUUGUGGUACGCCCACAAUCUAAGAUUGAUCCUGACGAAGUUAGAGCUCGUGGUAAACAAGCAAUGCAGGAUCAGCGGCGUAUGAAGAUGAACAGGAAGUUGCAACAGUUGAAGGCGCCGAAGAAGAAGCAGCUUCAAGCCACAAAGCUAAGUGUGGAGGGUCGUGGUAUGGUCAAAUACUUGUAAAUCACUGAUCUUCCGAGCACUUAAACAGUACAAAUACUGUGGAACUGAUUGGUGGUCCAAUUUAAUUUGAGAAUUGAGGUGAAGGUUGUAAUUGCUCUUUGAUGUGUUGAUAAAUACCAAUAAAUAUUCUACUUUUUAUUCCAGUUUUGGAGGUACUCUA